CGGUGGCCGUUGGUGGCCGCUGCCGGGGCGGCUCUCGGAGAAUGAGCUGGAAGGAGGCCAAGACGCGUCCCUGGAGCGCGGAGUGCGACCGUCGGCCCAGGUGGCCCCGAGGGCAGGGAGACGGGGACGGCCGCCCGGGCCCGCGGGCCCCGCCUCGGCCGCCGCCCGCCCGGGCCCCGCUGUCCCCUCGGGGUCCCGCGAUGGCGGCGCCGGUGGACCCGGCGCAGGUGUCUGUGACCUUCGAGGACGUGGCCGUGACCUUCUCCCCGGAGGAGUGGGGGCAGCUGGACGUGGCCCAGAGGACCCUGUACCAGGAGGUGAUGCUGGAGACCUGCAGGCUCCUGACGUCUCUGGGGUGCCCUGUUCCCAGACCUGAGCUGAUCUGCCAGCCGGAGCCGGAGCCGGAGCCGGAGCUGUGGAUGGUGAAGACAGAUCUCUCCCAAGGCACCUGGCCAGGUGAGAAGGGAAAAGCUAAGACCACAGAACCUGCUACUUGUGAGCUUGCCCCGUCUGAGGGACCCUCACUUCUGGAACUACUAAUACGAGGAGCUGAACCCCCAGAAGACUUCCAGGUGGACCGAACCUUGGGUCGGAAUGGGCCAUUGGAAGUGCAAGAAGGACAGCUGGAAUCAGGGCUAGACCUGCAGAAGGGAUUUCCUAGGAAGUCCCGCUCUGAACAUGGCGGCUUAGGGACAGCUGAGGGUGUGUGUUCGAGGACUGUGCGGGAGCCAGCCUCUGCCGUGCGAGCUCUCCUUGAGCAUGACUCAUGCAGAUUGGGUACAGAUUGCAUGACUCAGGAAGAGGCGAGUAUCUUUAAAUGCAGUGAAUGUGGGAAAGUGUUUAACAAGAAACGCCUCCUUGCUCGACACGAGAGGAUUCACUCUGGAGUGAAGCCCUAUGAGUGCACAGAGUGUGGGAAAACCUUUAGCAAGAGCACUUACCUCCUUCAGCACCACAUGGUCCACACCGGGGAGAAGCCAUACAAGUGCAUGGAGUGUGGGAAGGCCUUCAACCGCAAGUCACACCUUACACAGCACCAGCGGAUUCACAGUGGAGAGAAGCCCUACAAGUGCAACGAAUGUGGAAAGGCCUUCACCCACCGCUCGACUUUCGUCCUUCAUAACAGGAGCCACACGGGAGAGAAGCCCUUUGUGUGCAAAGAGUGUGGGAAAGCCUUCCGAGAUAGGCCAGGUUUCAUUCGGCACUACAUCAUCCACAGCGGCGAGAACCCCUACGAGUGCUUCGAGUGCGGAAAGGUCUUCAAACACAGGUCAUACCUCAUGUGGCACCAGCAGACUCACACUGGGGAGAAGCCCUACGAGUGCACGGAGUGUGGGAAAGCCUUCUGUGAGAGCGCAGCCCUCAUUCACCACUACGUCAUCCACACGGGGGAAAAGCCCUUUGAGUGCCUCGAGUGUGGGAAGGCCUUCAACCACAGGUCCUACCUGAAGAGGCACCAGCGGAUCCACACUGGGGAGAAGCCGUACGUGUGUGGUGAGUGUGGCAAGGCCUUCACCCACUGCUCCACUUUCAUCUUGCAUAAGAGGGCCCACACUGGAGAAAAACCGUUUGAGUGCAAGGAAUGUGGCAAAGCCUUCAGCAAUCGGGCCGACCUCAUUCGGCACUUCAGCAUCCACACUGGAGAGAAGCCCUAUGAGUGCGGUGAGUGUGGGAAGGCCUUCAACCGCAGGUCAGGCCUCACGAGGCACCAGCGGAUUCACAGCGGAGAGAAGCCCUAUGAGUGCAUGGAGUGUGGGAAAACCUUCUGCUGGAGCACUAACCUCAUCCGACACUCCAUCAUCCACACCGGGGAGAAGCCCUAUGAGUGCAGUGAGUGUGGGAAGGCCUUCAGUCGUAGCUCAUCCCUCACUCAGCAUCAGAGGGUUCACACGGGAAGAAACCCAGUCGGUGUAACAGAAGUGGGAAGACCCUUCCCAAGUGGACAACCCUCAGUCAACCUCCAAGAACUCCUGUUGGGGAAAGACUUUCUGAGUGUAAACACCGUGGAGAAUGUUUUGCCAGAAGAAUCGCCGUACUCAGACUUGAAUCGCUCAUACCAAAGAGAAACCCCAUAGUUGUCUUCCCUGUGAAAAACCCGUUGCAAGAUGUCAGUGGUCUUCUCAUGAGUCAUAUUGGAAAUGGACCCUGCCUGGAGCCUUAUUCUCCAUGUGGGAAUUCAUUCAGGAGAGAGACCCAAUGGUUAUCAGGCACUUAGAAAACUUUCAGCUCUCUUUCUCCUUAGUUUACACUGCAGUGCUAUCUCAGGAAUUGUUUCUUUAAAAAGAAGGGAGAGACUUGGAAGAGAGAAUGAACUAUCCCCAGUUUCUUUCAGACUCCUGGCAACGCCUAUGGCACUUUGUCAUGGAUUUCUUUCUUUUUUUAAUAUAUGUUACUGAUUUUUUACAGAGAGGAAGGGAAAGGGACAGAGAGUUAGAAACAUCGAUGAGAGAGAAACACUUCCCACUGGGGAUGUGCCUGCAACCAAGGUACAUGCCCUUGACCGGAAUUGAACCUGGUACCUUUCAGUCCGCAGGCCGACGCUCUAUCCACUGAGCCAGACCGGUUAGGGCUGCCAUGGAUUUCUUAGUUUCGUUGGCAGGAGGAGAGUUUUGUUUGAGAGCUAAAGGACUAGGGUCUUUAUGUGUCUUGUACAUACAUUCACUGCUGUCCAGUGUCCAGAAAGUAGACGUUGAAGGCAGGUCUGGAAACUUUCAAUGAACAUCUUUGUUCUAAAACAUUGUCUGUAUUCUUUAAGAAGGAAAAAUAAUCCUUACCGAGGACAUGUUCCCAUUAGAGAGGGGUCAGGGAGAGCAACACCAAGUGGUUGUCUGCCAGACACACCCCAACCAGGGAUCGAGCCUGCACCCCACGUGUGUGCCCUGACUGGGAAUUGAGCCCGCCGUCUUUUGGUGUGUGGGACAGUGCUCAAUCCACAGCCACACCAGCAGACCACGGUCUCUACUCUUUUUUUUCUUUUUUUUAAAUAUAUUUUUAUUGAUUUUUUUUUUACAGAGAGGAAGGGAGAGGGAUAGAGAGUUAGAAACAUUGAUGAGAGAGAGACAUCGAUCAGCUGCCUCCUGCACACCCCCCACUGGGGAUGUGCCUGCAACCAAGGUACAUGCCCUUGACCGGAAUCGAACCUGGGACCUUUCAGUCCGCAGGCCGACGCUCCAGCCACUGAGCCAAACCAGUUAGGGCAACUGUCUCGACUCUUAAGGAGUUUAAUUUUUGUGAGAAAAAUGAAGGCUUGAACCAUUAAUACUUUUUUGUUUGAGGGGAUUAGAAUACACGUAUGGACAGUCACAUUUUAUUGCACCGGUUAACACUGGUUAAGGCUUUGAUUUUUUUAAAAAAACAAAUCUUCACGGGGCUUGAAAGACCCAAUACUUGGACAUUUUUUGGUCCUGUACUGUUGGUUGACUUGAUUGCUAUAGUUAUAUGGUAAAAUUUUUAAUUGGGUAAAGUGAUUCUUUUGCCCACAUUUUUUUAUUUGAACCUUAUUUGUCACUCCUACUUUAAUUUCUCUGUAAAGUUUUAGAUAUACUUGAUUUUUUUACCCCCCAAAAUAAUCAAAAGUUUUGCUAGAAAUUGAUUUAAAUUGGCAGGUGGAUCAAUUUGUUGAGAAUAGGCAUCUUCGCUGGGUUGGGUCUUCCAGUUAUCUAACAUGGCAUGUCUCUAUAUUGAAGCAUUGCUUAUUUCCUUACUGUUUUAUAAAGGUCAGUAACAGGUCUUGUACAGUUUUUAUAAGUCUAUGGUAUUAUACAAAUAUAAUCAUUUUUGGAUGUUAUUUUGGCAUCCUGCAAACUUCCUGAACUGUAACCAUUUAUUGGAUAGAAUGCUUGGGAUUCUUCUACAUCAAAAAAUAGAUAUAGUUUUUAUUUUUUCUUCUUGUCUGUAUUACCUCUUCUUUUUCCUGUCUUACUGCACUAGCUAGGAUUUCCAGUGUAAUGUUGAAUAGUAGUAGUAGUGAGAAAGAUAUUCUUGCCUGGUCCCUCAUAUUAGAGGGAAAACACUCAGUUUUUUAUCACCAAGUCUGAUGUUAGUCUUAAGGUUUUCUUCAUAGAGGUUUCUUACCAAGUUCAGAGGUGUACCUGUUCCUAAUUUGCUGAGGUUUUUUGUUAUCUUGAAUGGGUGUUGAGUUUUGUCAAAUGCUUUUUCUCUCUUAGUUGAUAUAACCAUGUUUGUUUGUUUGUUUUUCCUGUAGCCUGUUGGUAUGAUGUUUUAAAUAUAUAUAUUUUAAUUUUA